AUGGAUAGCAACGACCAGCAACAACCGUUUUCCGGCCAGCAAACGUCGGUCAAUGGUCAUCUUGGUGGUACGGUAUUCCUCGGCCAACAAAUGCCGUUUAACUUACCUCCAUCAGGAGCCACGGGAAAUGCCGUUGACUUUUUGGAAUGGGCGGCGCCAAUCGUGAUUGUCCGCAAAGCAGGUGGUGCCAUCAGAAUCUGCGGAGAUUAUUCAACAGGUCUCAACUCUCUGCAGCCACAUCAGUACCCGCUCCCACUUCCGGAAGACAUUUUUGCCAAGCUGGCCAACUGUAAAGUGUUCAGUCAAACUGAUCUUUCGGAUGCUUUUCUACAAGUAGAGGUCGAUGAACAGUCCCGCCAUCUUCUUACAAUUAAUACCCAUCGUGGGCUGUAUCAUUACAAUCGUCUCCCUCCGGAUGUGAAAAUCGCACCUGGUGCCUUCCAGCAGCUCAUAGACACGAUGUUGGCCGGUCUUAAAGGAACUUGCGGCUACUUAGACGACGUCGUGGUCGGUGGCGAAACCGAAAAAGAACAUGAUUGCAACCUCAAGGCAGUGCUACAGCGCAUCCAAGAAUUUGGAUUCACCAUCCGUGCUGAAAAAUGCUCUUUCGGCAAGGACCAGAUUCCCUAUUUGGGUCACAUCAUCGACAGCCGUGGACUGCGGCCUGAUCCAGGAAAAAUCGAGGCAAUUAUUAAGCUACCGCCUCCCACAGAUGUUUCUGGCGUUCGUUCCUUUCAUGGCGCGAUAAAUUUUUAUCACAAGUUUGUGCCCAACAUGCGAACACUGCGGUACCCACUCGACAAACUACUGAAGGCAGAUUCCAAGUUCGAAGUGCCAGCAGGCAUUUGA